CAUUCCCUCAAUUUCUGGUUCUCUGAAUUCCACUCCCAUCUCCGAAUUUCCUUCCACCUCCAAAAAUCCGAUUCCUUCUCCUCUCUUCUUCAACAAACCAGAUCCAAGCAGGAAACUGAAUCGAGAUCGGAGGCCAGGAAAGGUAAACUCGUAAGCGAUUUCUCGUCGGAUCUGUUUGGCUUCUUUUUUUCCAUAUAUAUAUUUCUGAUUUAUGUGUUCUGUUUCGAUUGCUUUCGCCAGAGAUCGAUUCGACAGUAAAUCGGGAAGGAGAGAGAAGAGAAGGAUGGCGGAAGAGCACAGAUGCCAGGCACAGCGUCUCUGCGCCAACAACUGCGGCUUCUUCGGGAGCUCGGCGACGCAGGAUUUCUGCUCCAAGUGCUACCGAGAUCUGCAGCUCAAGGAGCAAGGCAAGAUGGCCUUGAACCAAACCCUAGCCACCUCCUCCUCCUCCUCCUCCGCGAUCCCUUCGCCGUCCGCCUCCGUUUCCCUGCCUUCUCCGGCGGUGGGGAUUGUCGGUUCGGAGAAGGGCGCGGCGGCGGCUCCGGCGGUGGCGGCCGGGGUGGGGACGCAGGCGAACAGGUGCAGCCAGUGCAGGAAGCGCGUGGGUCUCACGGGGUUCAAUUGCAGGUGCGGGAUGGUGUUCUGCGGCGGCCACCGGUACCCGGAGCAGCACAGCUGCGGGUUCGAUUUCAAGAGCAUGGGGAAAGAACAGAUCGCCAAGGCCAAUCCGGUCGUCAAGGGUGAGAAGCUCCACAAGAUCUGACCGACGUUUCGAAACGCGUUAAAAAAAAUUGAUUUAAGAAAAAAAAUCCGAACGGCGUUUCUUAUGGAUGUGGGGUUUCUUGUUGAUUGGGGGAAAAUUCGGGAUGUUAUUGUUGUUACCGUGGCUAGCCGGAACCAGCCGCUUAAUGUCGGCUGACCGACCGGCGCCGGUGGUGGUGAUCGGCGGUGAUUAUUAGGUGACGGGAUGGUUUGAAUUUGGGGGGUUGGGUUGGGUGGGUGGGUGGGGUCGGGCGGGGCAUUAUUAUUUGCGGUAGUGGGUUUGUCGCUUUGCCUUUGCUUAAUGUACAUUCUUAAUCAUGAUUUGCUCGUCUUUUAUUGGGUUUAUCAUAUUCUAAUUGUGUUGCAAGUUGCAACCAGAGAUUCUUAAUCACCCUCAAAUAAUUAGCACAUAAAGACAAACAAAUGUUCUUUGGUGGUGGUUUGUCGUGUUAAUCAACAUCGUUAUCAACAUGAUGCCUGGUUUAUGUCGGAUUAAAUUAUGAAAGAGACAUCGAAGGGAUGCUAAACAAAAUAGAAUUCAAUGAAGAUAAAUUUUAUAAUGUUAUAUAGUAUUGGUGUUAUAGGUUUUUGCUUUUAUGGUACAACUUAAAAUUGUACAUUUACGUUAUGGUACAACUUUAGAUUGUACCUAUACUUUUUGUACAAAUUCUUUUAUGGUACAACUUGAACUUGUACCUUUAUGUGACGGUACAACUUCAAGUUGUAAAAUUGUACCAUAACAUAAUAAUACAAAUUGCUUUAUGUUACAACCUAAACUUAUAUAUUUAAUGUUAUGGUACAACUUUGAGUUGUACAUCAAAGCGCCAAUGCUAUAUAGCAUAGUAGAAGUGCUCUUUCAAUGAGUUGUAUAUCAUUCAAAUGGGUUUGUUCUCCUAGCCAAAUUAAAACGAAGUUGUAAUCGUUCGGAGGUCGAGAGGGCAUAACACCCAAACUAAUAAUUCUUCGGUUAUGCGAAAAAUUGAUCGUAUAAAAUGUUAGCGGGAGCAACAGUUAAGACUUAAGAUUCAUACAUGAUCUUCUUUAAUGGAUCAUUCUGAACUUCUUUGUAUUCUGAGUAUAGAUAUAUUAUACAUAAUACAACAAUGAUUUUUGAAACUCAAACAAUUUUAGUAUACAUAUAAUGUUGAUACACACUACUAGUAAUACACCAUUUCCCAGAUCAAAAGUUGCAACUUGCAAGCAUAGGUGAAGUAGCCACAAUUAGGGCUGGAAGUUUGAUACCGGUAUUUGGGAUAUACCGAAUACCGUACCGAAUUUGUCUAUAUUUGGUAAUACUGAAUAUGCGUAUUAUUUCUUGGGAUUGGGAUUGAGUUUCAAUUGUUAUUCGGUAUUAGGAAUUACAGGAUUGAGAUAGGUAUAUACCAAAAUAUAAGCUAGUGUGUAUUUUAUCCUCUCAACUAGACUCUCUCAUUCACUACUACACAACCCUCAACCACCAAUAUAUUGUUAUUUUCAUAACACCAAAAAACAAAACACUAGUAUUAGUCUUCUCCCAACCUCCAAUUUGCCAAAUUAAAGAUUACCAAUGAUAUAAACUUGAGAUGUCACCUCUCCUCCAUUCUCCUUAUCCAUAUCCUAACUCUAGCCAAACUCAAGACUCUUUGCUUAGUCUCUUUGUCCUAUAUUAAACAAUCAAAUCUAAUUUAUAUAUUUAAUUAUUAAUUGUAAAGGUAAUUAAUUUUGUAUUCGAUAAUACCGAUUGAGAUACCGAAAUACCCAUUGAGAUACCAAAAUAUUUGUGGAUUGAGAUUGGAAUUAAGAUUGAUUUUAAGAUGUAAUUCGGUAUUCGGAAUUUCAGUAUUUGAUAUUGAGAUACCGAUACCGUAUCGAUUUUCACCCCUACCCACAAUAAUAUAGUUUCACCUCUCCUUUCAGAAGUGCUAGAUAUUGCCCUUAACUCGAGGGGGAUAUGCAUGUAAUUGGAAAGUAGGUAAAGUGGUUGCCACAAAAUGGCCUAUGCUCGCUGGCCUUGUUGCCACCACACCUCCUACUUGCCUUGGUUAGCUUAUUCCCAUCCAUAGGAGGAGUCUCUCAUCCCCUUAGGAUUAACCAAAGUCAAACCAUCCUCAACAUCUGCUCCAGUCACUAGACUUUUUGGGUGGAUUAGAUGACGAGUUAGACGAAUUUCGGAGCCACUAAACUUUUUAUCUAUUCCAGCAACAAAUGUUAUCUUGUUCGCGAUUAUCCCGAUCCGUCAUUGUUGAGGAUUCCAUCAAGAAAGUCGGGGAUAACAACCCUUUAACUUAACAGAACACAUCAAAUGUUAGCAACAUCAAAUUAUGGGGUUGGAACUGGGGUGAUUAAGUACUGGGGUUAAGGCAGUCCAGUCCAUAAACAAACAUGCAUUAGGUCAAGGACGUUAUAAUAGCACCAAAAAGGAUUAGACUUUCGAUUAUUUUAAGUUUUAACCAUUAGAUUGGCAGAACGAGUACGUUAAUUGAGGAGCAGUAUUAAGAAAUUCCCAAGUGGACUGACCGCCCUUUUUCAUGCCUGUCGUUCUGUGAUUAGAUGUUAAUUAAGUAUUAGUGUCGUAGUGAAUUGCAAUUAGAAGGCAGGUGCGGCUGACUGUGUAAGUUGAUUACUUGGCUAAUUUAAUAGCUGCAAGCGGGAAAUAGAAGACAAUUAAGUAAUAGUCACGAAGACUAUUUGUAUUAAGAAUUUAAGACCGUUAAACUAACCCUACUCAAUCCAAAGGCAAGUAAGUAAUUAACCAGCUUGUUAAUUACAAAGACUAUCUUAUACUUCGAAUUCUUAACAGUUGGAACACAAAUUUGGCUGAUCUAAGCGAAUCAGGGUCGUCCCAUAAUAUUUGGAGGCCCUGUUCGACAAUUUAAAAUGUGGCCCCAAAAUUUUUUUUCACAAAUUUAUUAAAAAUAAAAAUCAUUAAAUAAUAAUAAAAAUUACAUAACUUCAAAAUGAUUAAAAAAUUAAUAAUACUUUCUAUUUUUUAAAUAUUAUCUACGCUUAGAACUAUCUUUUUAAAAAUGUUGGGUUGAUAUAAUUAAAAAUUAUAAUCAAAGAUUAAUGUUUCC